AAGGCUGAACCGGGGUAUUAAAAAGGCCUGUAGUGCCCUCCUAGGCCAACUUGGCACCCUUUCGCCCCCAAGCAGGGGUAGCCUCCCAGAGCUGCCACCAACUGCACGGUGAGGACCUGCACCCAGCAUCUCUGGUGGGACCCAUCGCUGAGCAGCGCCCGGUUCCAAUGGGCUGGACCUUGCUCUGUUCUCUGUGCCUGUUUGUCCUCCUAGAGCAGAGCCUACAGUACUUUGGCCCGGAGUCCUGUAACAUAGAUGAAUACAUGAGUGCUGGCCGUUGCUGCAAGAUGUGCCCUGCAGGUUAUUAUGUCAUGAAUUCCUGCGCGAAACCCCACACACAUGGAGUGUGUGGCAGGUGUGAGCCGGGGACAUACACAGCACAUCCCAAUGGCCUGCAGUCUUGCCGCCCCUGCUCCACCUGCCAGCCUGACCAAGAAAUGGUACGAGAUUGCUCCUCAGUCACUGACCGGAAAUGCGAGUGCAAACAGGGCUACUUCUCUGAGGAUGCUGGAUUUUCUGAAUUCUGCACGCCAUGUGAUAAGUGUCCUCAUGAGAAUGGAGUCCUGCAGAAAUGCAAUGCAACAUCAAACACAGUCUGUACAGUGGCUCAUUCAGAGAGCUCCGACUGGCUAUCUCCAUCGCCGCUCGUAGUAGUUAUUCCAAUACUCAUCAUGGUACUGUUUUAUGGAGAAACAAACAUCAAAUGUCCAACAGCACAGCAAUAAUGGAUCGCAUCCUGGGAUCAGUAAGGUGGAGCCAUCAGCCACUGAGAGUUGUCACUGACGUAGGCGAUAAGCUAGGCUCUGCUCCAGCGAGUACUUCUCAUGCAUCACCUGGUGAAGAGUGUUGGACUAAAAUAAUUAUUAGCAAAAAUAGUUAGUUAAAAGGAUAGUUAUUACCAGUAUUGUCAACGUUCUGUGCUGUACUCGUUACCCUAAUAAACACGAAGCACCAACCACAUAGUUAUAGAUUAACUGACCUCAUCAUCAUGCUGUUCUGUGUGCAUCUUCAUCCCCGUCUCCCAGUAACCUGUUUGCUGUGUCAACCUUUGGUCCCUUUGUGAGAGACAAGUGUUCCUGGAAGGGGCAGACCAAGGGCUAUGUAUUGGCUAACUACCCACUGUGAAAUGCCUCUGACCUCAAGCAAAGGGGAACAAAGGCCCACCUUGUUUCUGUUUCUCCUCGCUAUGUACUUAAUGAUCAAUGAGCUAAUCAUAAAUGAAUUAUAAAAAUCUGUCAAAAUUCUAACUCAGUUACACAGCUUUGCAAACUCCAUCUGCACUGUGCCGCUGGGUACCAGCUUAAAUAAAAGCACUCUUUUACACA